AUGGCUCUUACAUGUUCAGAUCUCAUUAAGCUAGUUGCAGCAGUUAUUCUUCCACCACUUGGUGUGUUUUUAGAGAGAGGUUGCUCGAGCUCGCUUUUCAUCAAUAUUAUUUUAACGUGUUUAGGAUAUAUUCCUGGUAUCAUACAUGCAGUUUAUGUCAUUGCUCGAUAUUAA